AUGAUGCAGAGAAGUUCGACAAUUGCAAAUAAAGGUGGAAAAGCUUCUAAUAGAGAAAGAAAAUUGGCUUUGAAACAAGAUGUGGAUAGGUUGAAAAAGAAGCUUAAGCAUGAAGAAAACAUUCAUAGAGCAUUGGAGAGGGCUUUCAACAGGCCAUUGGGAGCUUUACCUCGUCUUCCUCCUUAUCUCCCUCCAUAUAUACUAGCCCUUCUGGCUGAAGUGGCAGUUCUGGAAGAGGAAAUUGUCAGGCUUGAAGAGAAGGUUGUGCAUUUCAGACAGGAUUUGUAUCAGGAAGCUGUCUAUAUGUCAUCUUCUAUGAGGAAGCUUGAUCAUCCAGUUUCAUCUCCUCCAAACAAGUCAAACUCAACAAUGGAUAGUCCCAAGUUGGAUAAAUUGAAGUUUCAGUCCCAGACAGCUGGUGAUCGAGCGGCAACAUCUGCAACUAGGCCAACCACAACACUCACAGAGGAUAUGGAGAAUCAAUCCUGUAGUAAUUCUUCCGAGAGCAGGAAGCAAUCCUCCAACCAAAUGAACAAAUAUCCAAUUAAGAAACUUGACAAUAAAUCGCUGCAGAAAAGGUUGGAUCCUCCAAAAAUAAAGCAAGAACCAAGGCUGAACGGCCAGCAAAUUGCAGAGUUGAGAAACCAUUGUCUACAUAAAAAUUCACCAGAAUCUGAGAGGCCAAAUAUAAUUUCGGAAAAUAUUGUGAAGUGCUUAUCAAGAAUUCUCUUGAGAAUGAGUGCUGUGAAGAAUCCAGGUUCUGCAUGUGAUAUUCCACACUUGUGGGAUCUAAAACCUAAAAUAUGUGACGAGGAAGCAGAGUUUGAGGAUCCAUAUGGCAUCUGUUUGAAAUUUGGGAAGAGGGAUAUUGGUCCAUACAAGCAAUUAUGUGCAAUUGAUGCUAAAUCUUUCAAUCCAAAACGAACUGCAAAUACUUUGUUUUUACUGCAUCGUUUGAAACUUCUUUUUAGGAAACUAGCCUCUGUCAACCUAGAAAACCUCAACCAUCAGGAGAAGCUUGCAUUCUGGAUCAACACCUACAACUCGUGUAUGAUGAAUGCAUUCAUAGAGAAUGGCAUACCAGAGAGUCCUGAAAUGGCUGUUACACUGAUGCGGAAGGCAACAAUUAAUGUUGGUGGACACGUGCUAAGUGCAACAACCAUUGAGCAUUUCAUUCUAAGACUUCCUUAUCAUUGGAGAUUUACCUUUUCCAAGGGGACAAAAAAUCAAGAAAUGACAGCAAGAAGCAUGUAUGGACUAGAACUGUCGGAACCCCUUGUGACAUUUGCUCUAUCUUGUGGAACCUGGUCUUCUCCUGCUGUGAGAGUUUACACUGCAUCUCAGGUUGAGAAUGAACUGGAAGUGGCUAAAAGAGAGUACUUACAGGCAGCAAUUGGAUUUUCAUCUUCAAAGUUUGCUAUACCUAAGCUGUUGGAUUGGUAUUUACUGAACUUUGCAAAAGACUUGGAAUCAUUGCUGGACUGGAUCUGCCUCCAGUUACCAAGUGAACUGGGGAAACAAGCCAUAAAACUCUUAGAGGAAAGAAAAACUGAGCCCCUCUCACAAUUUGUACAAAUAAUGCCAUAUGAGUUCAGCUUUAGAUACUUGAUAUGCACAUAA